UAACAUCAUCGAAUCGAACUCAAAAAUUGUAAACAUUGUUAUGUUUUAUCUUAUUACUGUAAAGAAAAAUACAUAUUUAUGCUCGUGAUUUAAGCUGAUUUGACUACUUCGUUGAUACCAAAGUCCACUUCGCCAAGUUUACCGGUGUGUAAUUGCCUAAAAUGGAUAACUUUGACACUAUCAUCGAAUCGGUACAAGGGACAAUUAAAAUAGUAACGUAUAACAAGCCCAAGAGGAAAAAUGCAAUUGACUUUGAUAUGUACAAGAGAGUGACGAGGAUCCUUAAUGAUGGAGCAAAAGACAGCAAUGUGUCUAUGAUGGUGCUAACUGGAGCAGGGGAAUACUUCAGCAGUGGCAAUGAUUUGGUUGCCUUAAGGACAGCCCAUACACCCAGUUUCCUCACAGUGCUGCAUGAUUUUAUUGAGGCGUUCAUAACAUUCCCCAAGUUACUGGUAGCUGUUGUGAAUGGACCCGCUGUAGGCAUAGCUGUGACCACCCUGCCACUUUGUGACUUAGUGUUUGCUGCGGAGAAUGCCUUUUUCUACACACCAUUUGGAAAGUUAGGUAUCACAGCAGAAGGAUGUUCAACUUUUACAUUCCCAAGGAUCAUUGGAUAUGGAAAGGCUUUGGAAAUGCUAGUGUUCAACCAAAAGAUGAAUGCCAAGGAGGCUCUAGAUUAUGGGUUUGUUAACUGUGUUUAUAAACCAGAGGAAGUCCAAACCAAGGUAUGGAACAAGCUAGUUGAAAUAUCUAAUGUAUCAAAUGAUCUACUGGCAACAACUAAGAGAUUGAUGAGAGGUUCCAUACAAGACAAGUUGUUGAAAGUGAAUGAUGAAGAGAUUCGUCUACUGAAUGAGGCUUGGUCUUCUAGAGAGCCCAAUCCAAAACAUUCGGAUAUUAUCAAAAGUAAAAUUUAAAAUAAAAAGUACCGAAAUAAGUACCUAAUGCAUUUAAAAAUAAUAAAUUUUAUUUGGUAUUAAGGUAAAAAUAGAAUUUAAACAGUAUAAUUAUUGUAUAAAUAUGUACAAUUAAUUAAUUAUGUAUAACAGAAAUGUGAUAUAUGAUAUUGGUAAUUUGGUAUAUAGGGUUUGCUUAAGUCGCAAACCUCGGAACUCCUCCUGGGGAGUUACGAGGUUUACGACUUUAAGUAUUGUUGGCUAAGGUAGCAAUUACUAAUUUCCUUGAACUGGUGUUACGAGGUUUAGGUUAUUGCGACUUAAGGCGACGAUAGAUUUUUUUUGAAGUGCAAUAUAUUUCGUUUAGUUUGAGUAGUUUCAUGGAAAAUGUUUUAUUUUUUUAUGUUUGAAAUUGACACUGCCUAUUUUUAAGUCAGUUUAGUUUACUUUCUACGUGAGUAAUAAAAUAGUCAAUAAUA